AUGUUAUGUCUAGAUAAAAAGCUUCCAUCAGCCCCAAACGAUCCUAAUUUUCCAAAUGUUCCAAUAGCUUUAACCGUGACAUCUCGUGGUGAUAAACUUUUACGUUCUGAUACUGGACCAGGUAAUACCACCAUACAAUUAUGUCUAAGAAUUUUUC